AUGAACAGCCAAGAUACAUUACCAUACUACAAAGCCGAAGGCAGCCAUGCAAUGAGCAUGUUUAAUACUUCCAUGGGGAAACUGCAGCAACAACUGUACAAGGGGGAGUACCCUAUAUUCCAUUAUGCACCAGUGUUUGAGAGUGACUUUCUACAGGUCAGCAGAAAAGGAGAAGUGAUUGAUGUGCACAACCAGGCCCGAAUGGUGACUGUGGGCAUCGUUCGUACCAGCCCCCGCCUCACACUACCUGAUGUCAUGCUGCUGGCCUGACCAGCUGCUAUCUGUGAUGACUAUAACAGACAUGGCCCUGCCACCCAGGAAACAGGUAAAAAGCCUACACAGAUCUUAGAGCUAACCAGGCUGCUUCCCUUGAAGUCUGUAAAGAUAUCCAUCCAUAACAGUAAAAAACAACAGCUCCACUUGAAGUUUGCCACUGGCAAGCUUCAGCUGUGUCCCCCUUCAGAUACAAGAGAUCUUUUUAUUCAGUGGGAAAACCUCACUUACAUCCUGAGACCACCAGUGGAGGCUUAGAGCAGCACCCAGGUCAUUCCAGCUAGGGACACUCUGGACAUAACUGGGUUUGCGGAAGAGAGUAAACGCCCAGUGGUAAGCACUCUGCAAUCUCUAAAAGACGAGGCCAAGGUGCUUAGGGAGAAGAGCUAA